UCUCUCUGUCUGAGAACGCUUGAACUAAGUUUAUACCCCAACAAUUUUUUCGCUCCCAAAAUAUCUCAGUCACUCACUAUCUUCUUACCGAUAAUCCAAAACUUCAUUUUCCUGCCAUUUUUGUGUUAUCCAUGGCUUCCGUUACGGCUGACCUCGCAGCUUCCUUCAUUGGCUUCGCUUUUCGAACCCCAAAUCCAAAACCCAGUUCCUUCACCCGACUCCGAACCACCCUCUAUCCUCUCCUCUGCACCUCCAAGAGAACCCAUACCCAGCCCCUAACCUACUCUUCUCUCAGUAUAGCGAAGCCUAGGAGAUGUGCUCGCAGGUUCACGGCUGCUGCAACUUCCAUGACCACGCCCCAGAGUGAGAAUUCCGAUGUUACCACCUUGAUUCCCCCCGAUAAUCGUAUCCCAGCUACUAUCAUUACUGGAUUUUUGGGUUCUGGAAAGACAACGUUACUGAACCAUAUUUUGACUGCGGAGCAUGGGAAACGAAUUGCAGUUAUUGAGAAUGAGUUUGGUGAAGUUGACAUAGACGGUUCAUUAGUGGCUGCAAAAACUACUGGGGCUGAAGAUAUUGUAAUGCUAAACAAUGGCUGCCUUUGCUGCACUGUAAGGGGUGAUCUUGUGAGAAUGAUCUCAGAAUUAGUCAGUAAGAAGAAAGGGAAGUUUGAUCAUAUUGUUAUAGAAACUACAGGUUUGGCAAAUCCAGCACCAAUAAUUCAAACAUUUUAUGCAGAGGAUCAGGUUUUUAAUGACGUGAAGUUGGAUGGUGUUGUCACUUUGGUUGAUGCUAAGCAUGCCGGUUUUCAUCUUGAUGAGGUUAAACCUAAAGGUGUUGUAAAUGAGGCUGUGGAACAGAUUGCUUAUGCUGAUCGUAUAAUUGUAAAUAAGACUGAUCUUGUGGGUGAAUCAGAUAUUGCUUCCUUGGUCCAGCGGAUAAGGACCAUAAAUAGCUUGGCUUUUUUGAAGCCUACAGAGUUUGGGAAAGUUGACUUGGAUUAUGUCCUUGGCAUUGGGGGCUUUGAUUUGGAGAGGAUUGAGAGUGCUGUCGAUGCUGAAGGCUCAAAGAAAGAUCACCACCACAGCCAUGACCAUGAUCACCAACAUGACCAUGACCAUAAGCAUGAACACCAUGAUGGGCACCACUCUCAUGAUCACACCCAUGAUCCUGGUGUUACAUCAGUGAGCAUUGUUUGUGAGGGAAGUUUAGACCUUGAGAAGGCUAAUGUGUGGCUUGGCACGUUGUUGUUGGAGCGAAGUGAAGACAUCUAUAGGAUGAAGGGCCUUCUAUCUGUUCAAGGAAUGGACGAGAGAUUUGUCUUUCAGGGAGUACAUGACAUAUUUCAAGGUUCGCCGGAUCGGCUGUGGGGGCCGGAAGAACCUAGGGUUAACAAAAUCGUAUUCAUAGGGAAAAACUUGAAUGCUCAGGAAUUGGAAAAGGGGUUCAAAGCCUGCUUGCUGUGAUGCUAACAAGUUGAUUCUAACGUCAGAAUUCAUCCUUUGCUCCGGCUGAUUGUGUUUUGGGCAUAUAAUAUGUGAGUCUCUGCAUCAUAUACCAUUACCAUGUCCAACUCCCGACUGAUUUUUGAUUAUUAUACAAAUAUAUAUUGAAAGCAACACAGAAGUCAAUUUAUAAGGAAGCUUCUGUCUUUUCUGGGUUCU